CGCACAGGCAGAGCUACGGCGGCGGCGAGAUGUCGGUGACGGCGUCGCUGGUGUUCUACUUCCUGGUGUUCCUGGCGGAGAUCCUGAUGUUCGGGCUGCUCAGCCUGGUGCUCUUCUGGGUCGUGUACUACCGCGGCGGCUUCAAGUGGCGCGAGGACCCCGCCAAGGAGUUCAACUUCCACCCCGUCCUCAUGGUGGCCGGAUUCAUCUUCUUCAUGGGACACGCGAUGCUGGUGUACCGCCUCUUCCGCUGCUGCAAUAAGCUGACGGCGAAGCUGCUGCACACGUUCCUGUACCUGCUGGCCGUGCCGUGCAUCGUGGUGGGCGUGAUCACGGUGUUCGACUCGCACAAUCUGCGCGCGCAGCCCAUCCCCAACCUGUAUUCCCUCCACUCGUGGCUGGGCCUCGUCACAGUGGGUCUGUUCGCCCUGCAGGUAACGCACACGCUGGUCGUGGGAUUCUUCAGCUUCUGGCUCCUCCUCUGCUGCGAGCAGGGGACGGCCAGCUUCCGGUCGGGCUUGGUGCCGGUCCACGCCACCUUCGGCAUCAUCACCUUCAUGCUGGCCAUCGCCACUUGUGUCACGGGAUACACAGAGAAAGCCUUCUUUGUGCUGAGCAAUGGCCUAUACGCCCAGCUUCCGGACGAGGCCUGGGUCAUCAACGCGCAGGCCGCCUGUCUGGCGGGCUUGGCAAUUCUGAUGGGAUUUCUCCUCUACUACAGCAGAUAUGCGCGCACCAGCCACCCGGUGGCCAUUGUCGAUCCUCCCUCCAACUCCCAUUAUGUCAUGACACAGAAAACGUAUUACUAUAGGGACCAGAUGUAAAAGGCAGAGUGAGGAUGGCCGCCCUGCCUUUUGUAUUAUUAAUAUUUUUCCACUGUGUAGGGUAGCAUGUAGGUUAGACAUCUUUUUUUAAAUGACAAGGUUGAUCUGAUGGUAUAACAAUACUCAGUGUUAAAGGAGGCUGACAGUGAUACUAUUUAGAAGAGGAAUAUUAUGAAGACAUUUUUCAUAUUGCUAGUAUUGUCAGAAUUAUUUGCUAUUGUAGUGUUAGUACAAAAUAUUAGAAAAUAAAUUCACAAUGAAUGUUACAUAUUUCUUAUGUAAGUUUGAUGUCCAGUCAAGUGAGAUUGUAGUUCAGCUGUGAAUUGUUAUAGAUUUAGAUAUUCUUUAAAAGGGUUGUAAUAUAUGCCACAAAUUCAACUAAUUGUUAGGGUGAAGUAAGAAAAGCAAAUGAAUAGUAAUACUUAAUUAGUGUGAAACAAGUUUAUAAUGUAUAACAAAAUCAAUAGGCAUUACUUAACUAAUAUAAGAUCAUACUUUUAAGACCAUUAUUUAAGAUCUUUAAUUUUUUUUAAACAAUCUGUAAAUAUCUUUUGGGUGGGCAGCUGGCAGAAUAAUAGCUUUGAACUCGAGAGCACAACCAUCACAGAGACUAGACUUGACUGCUUCAUAACUGAGAAAGGACCUGGAAAAACGCAAAGCAUAACAACAUGGGACUAAUCUCUAAAUGUGCAUGCUUUUGGUUAACACUCUUUUCCUCUUUUUUCUAAGUUUCUCUAGCUAAUCUCCAGCUUCGUUUCAGGCAAAUGCAACACUUCAGUGCAUCUCUCUACUAAUGAUUUAUGUCUUAUAUGUGCAUCAGCUACCUUCAAAGCCAGUGGAAAGAACUUGCAUCAUGUAUAAGGGACUAGAACCAUACAGGAUUUUUGACAGUGCUGAUAUUUAAUUAGGAAAAGAUGAAUGCAUUUGGCAUGAAUUCCCAUCAUUGAUACACUUUAUUUUCUUGAUAGAGAUAAAUUACAACCUCAGGAAGCUAACCUUUCUUUAAUUCUCUUAGUGAUUAACAUGUAGUUACAAUAGCCUUGCAUUUGUUGCAUGACAAAAAGUAGCCUUUUAAAGUCUGUGAAGAAGAUAGUGAUAUGUAUCAUAAAAGACAUAUGUAGCAUUAAUUUUUUUUGUAUUGGAAUGACAUAAAACCGCUGUCUCUGGAGGUGAACCAUUCAGCAGAGCAUUAUAAAAAAAAUAUCAGUAUUUCUUACAGUUUCAGACUCCAUGCAGUCCUAUUCUUGAUGUGUUAAUCUGUUAAUCUUUCAUGUUAUGGCUAACACAUGUGGGUGCAUGGGUCUCCAUAUAGCUACAAGCCGAGAGCAGCUGUAACUCUUCUUUUACCAAGAGGUGCAUGAUGCAGGGCUAUAUAUUACUAACCCAAGGCCUUGCCAUGACACACAGGGAUCCUGAGACCAAGAAUUUCACUUACUCGCUGAUGGGGAACGAAGCCAUCAUCAUCAACACCCAGGCCGCUGCACUGGCUGCCCUGGGAAUCCUUGUGCCUGUGAUGGUGGCUCUCCGCCCCUUCAGGAGGAGAUGGAG